AAGAGAAGUCAAGAGUUGUAAGCCAAGAGACAUGUCUAGCUAGCUAGAGCAGUAGUGUAUCAAAUUACACUGAAAAUAAUGAUUGAUUUUUUUUUCCUCAUCACGCAAAACCUUAAAGUAGUAGUACUAUCGUACUUAUAUGAGUGCCUAUUCCCCUCUCCCUCUCCCUCUGCCUCUGCCUCUGCCUCUCCCUCUCCCACCUCUCUUUCUUUCUCCCUCAUUGUCAUAUCUCUGCUAGCUACAUCAAAUAGUUCCUACAUCAAUCCCAUAAUCAUCACGCCUCACCUUUCCUCAGUACAGUUCUCUCUCUCUCUCUCUCUCUACAUACCAAAGCACUAAAAUCCUCCCUCUCAAUUCUCGAAUGUCUAUAAACCAUUUCUCCACAGACCUUCAGCGAACACUCAGCUGGUGGGCACAGCAACGAGAAUCCAUCAUGGAACCAAACCCAAACACUUCUUCUUCUAGACCAAACAAACCCCCGAAUUCUUCUUGGCCUCCCCAUCUCCACCAUCACGAUCACCAUCACUCCUGGCUUAACCAUUUCAGUCCUCAAGAACCCUCCUCCAUGUUCCCUCCUCAAAACCCAAAUCUCAGUUUCAAUCUCAACGAAGAAGAUGAUGAAGAAGAAGACCAUGAGCAACAACAAGAAGAAGCACAACGGGAACACGAACAAGAAGGGCUAGUACUAGAUAAAGAGCCCAUGUUUGAGAAACCCUUAACACCAAGUGAUGUAGGAAAGCUAAACCGUCUAGUAAUACCAAAACAACAUGCGGAGAAGUACUUUCCACUUAGUGGUGACUCAGUGGAUAAAGGGUUGUUACUGAGUUUCGAAGACGAGUCAGGCAAAUAUUGGAGGUUUAGGUACUCAUAUUGGAACAGUAGUCAAAGCUAUGUAUUGACUAAAGGGUGGAGUAGGUAUGUGAAAGAAAAACAACUCGAUGCAGGUGAUGCCGUUUUGUUUGAACGGCACCGAACGGAUGGUGACAGAUUGUUCAUAGGGUGGAGGAGGAGAGGUGAUAUGAGUAGCAGUAGUAGUGCUAAUAAUAGUGGGGUGAUGGUGCAGGGUAGUGGCGGUGGGGCGUGGAGAAGAGGAUUAUAUUCUUCUCCAUCAUCUUCUGGGCCUUAUCAUCUUUCUGGUAGUAAUAUGCAACAUGGCCAUGGGGCUAAUGUGAGUGCUACAACUGUGCCAUUCCAAUCUGACUGUCUUCAUGCAGUGUCUGCUGCACAGAACCAAACAGCACAGCCAGGUAACUCGAGGAGACUGAGGCUAUUUGGGGUGAACUUGGAGUGCCAGCUCGACGAGGCCGAGCCAUCAACACCUGACGGUUCAUCUCUGUCGAGCCUACAGGGUCCUGUUCACCAGCAAUUCUACUCCCAACCUGCUUAUUCUUCAAACACUACUCAUAGUCAAAUGGGCAGCACUUUCUCCCGAGAUGUCAAGCAGAUGAGAAAUCGCCGAGGAUAAGAUCUGUGGAUGUGACAUCCCUGGAUUUAACUUAAUUCAUAAACCCCACCCCCACUUGGAGGUCGGACAUGGGAGGUCAAAAAAUAUAUGUAUGUAGUGUUAUUUUGUUUUUAUUUAUUAAGAAGAAAAUAUCCCUCAAUAUCAGGUGCAGAUUUGUUAGCUAGGUAGUGGGGGGAGAGCGAAGGAAGCAGAUCGGAGGAUAAUAGACUUUCUGGUGGGGUGGGAAAGAAAUACUCCUACCACCAUAGAAGGGGGAGGGAUGGGAGGUAGGGCCCUAAAGGGAAGGAAGGGGCCAAUGCUAACAUCAGAAAUGCAAAAUGGGAGAAAACAUUAUGUGGGGGGUGGUUUUCAAAUUAAGAAAUCAGGGGAAUGAAUGAAUCUAUUUGGACACUGUUGAGAUUCUGCCUGAAGAUUUUUCAAAGCUGCUCAUAAUCAUAAUAAUGGUGGUGGGUGGAUUUUGAAUAGAUGGGUGACAGCCCAGUAGUCCUAGCCCACUCUUUGCUUUUCUUUUUUCUCAUCUUCACAUCAGUCUAUCUCUAAGCUGUUUUGAUGCUCUACUGUGGCUUAGAUAAUGAGAUGCUAAGAGAGAGAGAGAGAGAGCAUGUUCCCUCUUCCGUCUCCUUUUCUUUUAAAAUUAACAUCUGAAAAUUGUAAUUCAUUGCAAGUCAGGGGAAAUGCUAGUAAAGUUCUCCGGC